AGAGAUAAGUUUUUAUCCAAUUUUGAAGUUUUUCAGCAUAUCGAAGACAUCAAAGCAGAAAAUGAAUGGGAUUUCGCCUCCAACGACACUCUAAAUAGCAAUAAAAGAUACACAAAAAGAUACAAUGGUAAUUCAAACUUGGAGUCUCUAGCUAAAAAUUUGACAGAUUACUUCCAAAAGUUUGAUACAACUACAAAACUAAAUGAACAAAAACUCAAAUCAAUUUUACUUCACUUAAAUAACUAUCAUUUAGAAAAGAUUGAAAAAUUACAAAUCAUCAAUUUCUUGCCUACAUCUGUUGUUCAUUUAUAUUCUUUGGUUGAGGAGUGUGAUUUAAGAUUUACUGAUGAUCAAUGUGACACUAUAAUAAAUAAAAUCAAUCAAGUUCUA